AUGGUUCAGUUUUUCGACAAUAUCAGCGACGACCAUGCCGAGUGGAUCAGGAAGCAAAAGAUCUUUUUCGUCGGGACGGCACCAUUGGACGGCAGAGGGACAGUCAACAACUCGCCCAAGGGAUACGACUGUCUGCGUGUCCUCAAUCCCAACCAAGUCUGCUAUCUCGAGAUGUCAGGCAUGUUGUUUUAUUUUCCUUCUCUUCGAGAUAGCUCUGGAAUUGAAACGCAGAGUCACUUGGAAGAGAACGGGAGGAUCACAAUCAUGCUGACAGCAUUCGAGGGCGGACCCCGUAUCAUGCGACUGAUGGGCACCGGCAGAGUUAUCCGCGUUGACACUCCCGAAUUCAACACACUCAUGGAAACCCACUACGAGGGAUCAGAACUGGCUCGUGCCGCAGGAAAGCGAGCCAUCAUCCUGAUCGAUGUCCGAAAAGUCUCGACCAGUUGCGGGUAUGGAGUUCCUUACUUUGACUACAAGGGGUCCCGAAAGACGUUAAUUGACACAUGGGCCAAGCGGGAUGAGGAUAAGGUCAAGGAGUACUGGAAGACGAUCAAUAAGUCUAGUCUGGAUGGACUCCCCGGGAUGCGACAUGAGCUGUUGGGACCAGAUUUUGUUGGAAGGAAUAGGGGUGCUGGCGAGGAAAUUGUGUUGCCUGGGGAGGAGCCGUGGGGUGCGCUUUUGACGGGUUGGGUGAAGGCCAGUCCUGCUCCUGUGAAUGCUGCCUACGUGGUCGCCGGUGCUGUCAUUGGCGGCGCCAUCUCUCACCUUUACUCCCGAAGGCGAUAA